CGCACAAACCCGAGAGAAAUACACCACAGUAAAUAAAAUGGAAAUAAUUUAAUGUUCCUUGGGCGGCCCGGUACCAUUUGGUCCACGGACCGGUACCGGUCCUCGGCCCGGGGGUUGGGGACCACUGGCUUAAGGCGUCUAAUGAUUGCUCUCUGGACUGAAUUAAAGCUCCUACAAUAAAAGCAGUCAUGUUAAAGUCUUUAGCAUCACUGCUACACAUCAGCAGGUCUGCAUGCAUAGAAACUCCUGUGGGAAUUUUGAUCUUUUUAUUUUUAUUGUUAUAAAUGAUGUAAAGCUGACAUUUCAAAAGAAUCAGGUGUUUUUUUUUCAAUAGUUGUUACUGUUUUAUACUGUGAAUACGAUAGAAAAUGACUGCUGUUGUUCGUUAAUAACCAAUAAACAAUGUUUUAAGUUUUGUAAAUCAAUUUCACUGUAAUUGCAUCAUUCAUGUAUUUUCAUUCCGUGAUGUGUUUAUCGACUGUGAGGACGAUGUUUUAAUAUAUUUAAUCAGUUUGUGGAGUCUGACAUAGAGUGCAAUUGAUUCCUUUGGUUUAACUGUUAUUUAAUAAAUAUAAGAAAUAAUAGUGAUAAUCCCUCUGAGGCUGGAGUAAGCCACACAUGUGCAAGUCACAAGUCAUGGAUGUCAAGUCAAAGUCAAGUCGAGACUUUUUUUUAAUAUUUGUCAAGCAAGUCUCAAAUUUGUGACUUAAUUCUGACUCGAGUCAAGUCAUAUGACUCAAGUCCCCCAUCGCUAUGCAUGAAAACGGUUUUAUUGCUUCUUAAGUUCAACCACAGAUGUGGUGAUAAACAUAAGAGAAAAACAUGGUCUUAAUGUUCAGGCAGCUUCGCCCAGACAAAGUGGGUGGAUUGACACCAGCUGUAGUGUGGCGCAGUGCCAGUUCCCAUCUUAUUAAGCAAUGACUCUCGUCUCCAUCUCAGAGUGUUGUGACAGGUCUUCGUCUGAACUCGAUCCAGUAUCUGUCCGAGUUCUUCUUCAGCUGUAGUAAUCUCUUCCCUGGAUUACAUUCACAAAAACAUCUCCUUGAUUUGCCCAAGGACAAGAAUGGAAACCUUGAAUAUCUCAGCAAGAAAGAAGAGUAUGGUGCUGAGCUGAGAUGAUGGGUAUCUGCUCAUGACCUCUAUCAUUAUGAGUUGUCCCCAAGGUUGACUGAUAAAAAGAUCUGCCCCGAAGAAACAAGACCGGUCCAGAAAAGAAGAUGGGGUACCGAGUUAUCCAAAUGGAUAGAUGGAGAGAAAGUGGGCAGAGAACCAGAUGGAUAUUAAUACUAGUUAUAUAAACUAGUUAUUAUGGUAACAAACGUAAAGUGGAGUAAUUGCGGAACCGUCAGACACAGGAUUCGAUCUGAGGACAUUAUGUUUCUCAAAUGAAUACCUGAAGCGCUACUAUAGCUCUAUGCAGACACGGAAGAAAAAUGUGAGAAAAUGCACAGAAGCAAGUUGGGAAACUGCUCUGGCAGUCUCCGGCUUAAUUCAGCAUGGAAACCCACCCACUGAUUCUAUCAAGGGAAGAUUUUUGGUCGCCAGCCAGAUCCUGGGCAGAAUGUGGGUUCCGCAAGCCUCUGGCGGUUAGCUAUGUGGAUGCUCCUCUGAGUGGAUGCCUGGAGGGCAGUUUUUUCUCUCUGCCAUACCCUGCAGCAUUGGGCCACCACUUGUUCCACGGCCGGGACCCCUAGCUCCCUCUCCUGCAGAGCAAACAUGUGGGGUAGCCGAACUGGCAUUUGAAAGGGGACAUACCCAGGGUGGAGUACUAAAGUGUGUUAUGUGCAAACUUGACCCACAUCAGGUGUCUGACCCAUAUUGCCAGAUUAGAGGCGGCCAGGCAAUGGAGGGAACAAACCAAGUAAUGAUUUACCCUCUCUGUCUGACCAUUUGGCACAGGGUGAAACCCUGAUGAGAGGCUGGAAGAGGCAUCUGUUAGGCAGAAAAAGGUCUUCCAAAACCGGCUAGAAAUUGAGGACCCAAGUCUGAGACCAAGUCAGGGUGAAUGCCAUGAAUAUAACGUGCUGUAGCAGUAGUUCUGCUGUGUCCUUGGAUAAUUGGAGUUUGGUGGUGGGAUAAAUUUGCACACCUUAGAAAUCCGAUCCACUACUACUAGUAUUAUACUCAUUCCCUGAGACAAUGGCAGACCAGCUAUGAAGUCUAGGGAGAGGUCUGACUAUGGGUGGGACGGUAUAGGUAGGGGCCAUAAAAAGGCAGUGUGGACGCGCCUGGGUCUCUUUGUUUUGGGUGCAAGUCUGACAGGCAACAAUGAACGCCUGGAUGUCUAAAUCCAUGGUGGGCCACCAGAAUCAGUGCCGUAAGAACUCUAAGGUUCUAACUACCUUAAGAACCUAUGCGUGGACCAGACUUGCAACAUAGAGCGUAUUGGGUGGGCCACCACCUGGAUUUUGCUCGCUGUGGAUUCAGUCACUGCUGGAUGUAGGUAAGGUUCUUGUGAUCUGUCUGAGUGAGGAAUGGGUGCUUGGCCCCCUCCAGCCAAUGUGUCCAUUCCUCUAAGGCCAGUUUGACAGCAAGGAGCUCAUGGUAGUUUGUCUCUGGUUCCAUCAGUUGGUGAGAGAAAUAUGCGCAGGGAUGCAGCUCCUUUUUAGGUCCUCAUCAUUAGGACAGAACAGCCCCUACUACAAAGUCAGCCUCUUCUUCAAGGCUUCAAAAGCCUCCUGUGCUUCAGCGGUCCACAAGUAUUUGCCCUGAGUUUUCUUGGUCAUGGCACAAAGCAGGCUGGGCAAAGAACUAAAUUUCCACCAGAGUGUCGUAAAAAAAAUAUGUAAAGCCCAGAAAAGUGUUGGACUUCACAAACAGAUGAGGGCUGAGGCCAUUCCUUGACCACCUUAUUCUUAAAUUGGUCCAUUCUCAGGCUGUCCUGUGAGACCACGAAGCCCAGAAAGGUGAUAGUGCUAACUUGAAAUUGUGAUUUCUCAAAUAUCAUGUAAAGACUAGUCUGAAGAUGAAGCUGAAGAACCCAGCAAAUGUGUCCAAUGUGCUCUUUCAGAGAGAUGCUGAAGAUUAAAAUAUCAUCUAGGUGCACGAAUGCAUAAUGGCGUAAUUCGUUAUUUUGCUCUUUUUUUUCAGCUUGCCUUUGUUUUUAUGUUUUUGGAUUUGUUUGCUUUAAAAGUCUUUCCUCAAAUUUUAAUGAACCAUUUAAUUACCUACUCUAACACACUUGCUCUGGAAUUCAAACAGUGAAACACUGGAAGUUUGGGUUGAACCUCUGGUAGAGAUUCUCGCAUUUUUUUGUAUCUGCUUGACCAAAGUGAUUUUACCCGACUGAAGUUCUUUCUGUUGAACUUUAAGAUAAUAUAAAACACAUAAAACCUUAUAUUAUUCAUAUUCCUAGAGAUUAUCAAAAGAUAUACACUUUAUAGUUCCACCCACUUACUCUGUCACACAAGGAAAUCUGAAAGUUUCUUCUGAGAAAACGAAACUGGUAUCCGCAUACUUCUCUCUCUCACUCUUCAGAGUCUGAAGAAAAUGGCUGAGGCAAGUAUUUCAGUAGAUCAGGACCAGUUCAUCUGUUCAGUGUGUCUGGAUCUCCUGAAGGAUCCGGUAACUAUCCCCUGUGGUCAUAGUUUCUGUAAGGUGUGUAUUAAUGACUGCUGGGAUCAGGAGGAUCAGAAGGACAUCUACAGCUGUCCUGAGUGCAGAGACACUUUCACACCAAGGCCUGUUCUACGCGGAAACAACAUGCUGGCUGAAGUGGUGGAGAAACUGAAGAAGACUGAACUCCAAGCUGCUUCUCCUGCUCACUGUUACGCUGGACCUGGAGAUGUGGAGUGUGAUAUCUGCACAGGGAGAAAACACAAAGCCAUCAAGUCCUGUCUGGUGUGUGUGGCUUCGUUUUGUGAAACUCAUCUCAAACCUCACUAUCUAUCUCAUGCUUUUAUAAAACACACUUUAACUGAAGCCUCAACAAAACUACACAAGAAGAUCUGCUCUGAACACGACAAGCUGAUGGAGAUCUUCUGUCGUACUGAUCAAACCUGCAUCUGUUAUUUGUGUACGAUGGAUAAACACAGAGGACACGACACCGUCACAGCCGCAGCAGGAAGAGCUGAGAAACAGCAUAAGCUAAAGAAAGAACAGAUGAAAUUCCAGCAGAGACUCCAGGAGAAGCAGAAGAAGGUGCAGGAGCUGAAACAGACUGUGAACACUAUAAAGCUCAGUGCACAGACAGCAGUGGAGGACAAUGAGAGGAUCUUUACUGAGAUGAUCAGCUCCAUGGAGAAAAAGCGCUCGGAGGUGACGGAGCUGAUCAGAGCUCAGGAGAAGGCUGAACUGAGUCGAGCUAAACGACUCCUGGAGCACCUGGAGCAGGACAUUGAUGAUCUUCAGAGGAGAGUCAAUGAGAUGGAGAAGCUUUCACACACAAAUGAUCACAUCCAUGUCCUCCAGACUUUAGCUUCUGGACCUCAGUCUCCUCUAUUAAACAGACCAGAAUUUGACACGUCCAGAAUCAGGGUCUCUCAACAUCUGUCAUUUGAUGGAGUGAAGAAUUCUCUCUCAGAUCUGAAGAAGAUACUGGAGGAAUUCUGUGAGGAGGAAUUCAACAAAAUCCAUCCACAUGCUGCAGCAGUUAAGAAGACAAGUUCACCACCAGAGCCAGAAAGCAGAGAAGAUUUUCUGAAAUAUUUCUGUUCCCUGACUCUGGAUCCCAACACGGCAAACUGUAACAUUAGACUGAGGGAGAAGAACAGAGCGGUGGGAUACAGUAUGAAAAAGAUGACAUACUCUGACCAUCCAGAGAGAUUUGAUUGCUUUGCUCAGGUGUUGUGUAAGGAGAGUGUGUGUGGUCGCUGUUACUGGGAGGUGGAGUGGAGCGGUGAUGGAGGUGUGUACAUAUCGGUCUCAUAUAAAGACAUCAGCAGGAAAGGACUGGGUGAUGAGUGUUUGUUUGGACGCAACAAAAAUUCCUGGAGUCUGUAUUGUUCUUCUUCUUCUCUCUCUUUCUGGCACAACAACAUUAAGACCGAGCUCAGAGUUCCAUCAUCCUCCAGAAUAGGAGUGUAUGUGGAUCACGGUGCAGGAACUCUGUCCUUCUACAGCGUCACUCACACGGUGAGACCUGUCCACAGAGUCCACACCACAUUCACUCAGCCUCUAUACGCUGGGUUCUGGGCUGGUAUUUCAUCAGCUCUGAGGUUGUAUGAUCCAUAAUAACAAGUCUGUUGUGUUUAAUGGUUAGUAACCUGAUGAUACAAAAUUGAUGUAUGUUAGCUGAUCACCGAUCAUCGCUGUGGUGAAAUUAGAACAUUACGUCAUUAAAACAUUGGGUUUGGAAUCUGUCUCGGAUUAUAACUCUUGCUAUGUAACGUAACAUAAUAAAAGGGGAAAAAACAAUU